AUGCAGUUAAUUAGCAAUUUUGCUGGUAGAGAGUAUAUCGUAUAUGAGGAAUAUGUAAGUUCGCUUUGCUUUUAUUAUACCAGUUUAGAUAAUAACUUACUUCCUUAUUGUAUUGGCCGCUUCUCUCAUCUAUGGAGCGUGGUUAAUAUCAAGACGACCGCCAUUGGUGUAUCGUGGGCACCUUGUUUCUAUGCACAGGAGUGAAACUGGACGCGUUGUUAGAGUAAGUGUUUCUACUUUUUUGGGUAAAAUAAUUUUGUCGUUUUCUUAUUGAGCCGUUGCAGAUCGUUAGUGCAGACAACGAAAGGAUACAAAUAGAGGAUUUGGUGUCAUUUCUAUCCAAUCGACCAAACUCUGACAAUAGUGAGAGCGUGAACGCUCUUGUUGUUUUAUCUCCGUCUUCGACAAGGUUGACAAGCAGGUGAGGAUUUUCCAAUUUAUUUUUAUUUUAGUAGGGUCUCUACGUUGCCGAGUAUCACAACUGUGAAUUUGCCGCUUUCUGUGGAGCGUCACAUUUCGCAGAUCUACGAAAUUCUGCACAGAAACACCGACGCUUCAGCAGCCGCAGCAACAAUAAUAUCUUUGUUUCGACCGGUGGCGAGACGGCUCAGCAGUGAGAACCAUUUAUUUAUUUCUAAUCUGUUGUCGGAAAUAAGGUCGGCCGACGUGAGUUGCUUUUUUCUUUUUUAAAAUUAUUUUUUUAGACAGUAAAUUUGGAUAACACAAGUUUGGAAAACAACAAUCAUCUUGACGCGAUGCCUGUCGAGAGUACGGACGAGGGAACAAAUUUGAUAAUUAAUUCAGGAGAGAAUGAGGAAGACCGAGGUAGGUGACUUUGGCCGCCGUGUUACGCAGUAUUGCAGGAAUUACGGAAUCACCUGUGGCUGAAGAGGUUGAACCAUUGGAGGCUAAUACUACGGUAAAAUUAAAGUUUAUGGAUGAUACUGAAAAGAUAGUUAGGUGCAAUCUGCUUACUACAAUCGAUGAAUUUAAAAAGUGAGUAUGGAUUUGAAGGUUUUAUAUUAUGGUUUAGAACACAUUUCUCUUUGCAAGUGGCCGAUGGAAAGGUUGUCAGACUGAUAUACAAGGGACAAUUACUCCGUGAUGACAGUCGGUCGCUGGGUUCUUACGGUGUUCAUAACGAUUGUGUGAUUCAUUGCCAUGUUGGGAAUCGCCCUUAUGUGCAAGACACUGUUUAUAACAACACUGAAAGUACUAAUAGAUCGCAGCAACGGGCAGGACAUUUUGGAUUUGAAAGUAUACCUAGUCGCCCAAUAUGUAAGGAAGAAAAAUACGGAGAUCUUAUUUUAGUCACAAAUAUGGCAAAUGAAAAUUGGAUGAAUCGAGUUCUCCGUGUCUCGAUUUACUUCGCCGACAUGUUACCGUUUAUGAUGUUUUAUGGCUUCUCUGCAACUCUUCGAUGGAUUCAGGGUGUAGAACAAGUUGAUGCAGAAGCCGAUACCGCUUGGGGUCAACGGCAAAUAAAUAAAUUCAGAAGGGCUCUUUUAGCUAUCAUUCGGUUAUUUGUCGACUUUUCUGUUGUCCAGAAUCAGAAUGUAGAUGAUAUGUUCAUGAACAGAUUCAAUCUGGGUAUCCUUUUCACACUGUUGUUCACUUGUAAGUUUAAUUUUACAAGGGAAGUACCCCAAGUGCGACGCUCAGAUUUUCUUUAAAUUUUGCAAACACGUCGGGAAUAGACUAAAUAUCAAUUCCUGAAAGUUUUAGCUCGCGCUUUGCAGGCGCCGUCGAAAUAUCGGACGAUUUAUGCCGCCGAGAGAGCACGCUAAACGUGGAGAGCGGUCAGAGAGAAAAAUGCUUUUUGGCCAUAACUUCGGCAGUUUCGUGCGGAAAAAUUUGAUUUUUUGUAGAAACAUUAUCCUUUACGGCAGAAAUAGGUAUGAAACUUUUCGUGCCGAAAUUCUGCAAAAAGUCCUAAAUUUUCGCCGACUUUCGAUCUAAAAAUCUCGGUUGUUUCUGAAAAGCUCAAGCUAGGAUUCUCGCAUAUAUCUUAGAGAAAAUUAUUCUAAAUUUGUACCAAGUUUCAUCAAAAUCUGAGCGUCGCACUUGGGGUACUUCCCCUGUUAGUUUACGAAGAUAGAUCAGUGAACUUUUAUGUUGUCGAUUAUUUUAGUUAAAUUUGCAUCCAUCUGGUUCGUCGUUCUCUACUUCCCUCAAUAUACGGAUACUAAAGGAGUUGUGAUGUUGACAAUGCUGACGGUAGUAUUCAUUCUCUACACGUUCUACAACCGGCCUCGCCCAGCAGUGAAUGCACGGGUGCAUUAA